AUGGACGAUCCUGGAGCGCUUUUUCGCGGAAAAGCGUCGACGUGGUCACACCGAAGCGCCCCGCGGGGGCUGUCACGAGCGGCGCCGCAUCGCGACAGGAAACACGACGACUUCGCGCGCGCGGACGUCUCGGCGGUAGAGGACGCGCGGCGACGCCAUGGUGCGUCUCGUGGACGCCCCGCCCGCCCGCGCGCCCCCCCCCGUCCCCCCGCCCCGGCGGGGCGGAUUCCGUCGCCUCGCUCGCGCUCCGACACGUCGCCGCCGAAAUACCUAACAACGUCCCCGCCCCCCCUAACAACGUCCUCCGUCCAUCAUCAGGCGGACGUCUCCAGCGCGCUUCACGCGCUGAAACUCAACGACGCCGCGUCGCUCGCCGCGUCGACGCGCGCGGAGAAGCACAGCGGCGUCGACGCGGCGGCGGACUCCCCGACGCGAAUCAGCGCGGUGGACCACGACCCAUCGCUCGCGAGCCGCCCGUCCACGCCGGGGAGCGGCGGGACGUCCCCGCAGUCGUCGUCCGCCGCGAAGUCCCCCUCCGCGCGCGACCGCGACCGCGAGCUCGCGCGCGACGACGACGACGACGACGUCGUCGUCGACGCCGCCGCGAGCUCGCCGUCGACGUCGACGCCGCCGCCGUCGAACGCGUGGUCGCUGCGCGACUUUCGGAUCUUCGAACGCGUCGGGUCGUCGCGGCUCUCCGUGGUGCACCGCGCGCAGCACGCGUCGACGGGGAUGGAGCUCGCGCUGAAGUGCUACCUGCGGAGUAAGCUCGACGCGUUCACGCUGAAUCAAAUACGACGCGAGAUUGAGGUCCACGCGUCCGUGAGCGACCCGAGCAUAUGCGCCUUCUACGGCUCGUUCGAGGACGACCGCGGGAACGUCUACCUGCUGCACGAGUUCGCGCGACGCGGCGACGUCUUCAGCUUGUUCGGCGCCGCGGGCGGGACGCUCUCGGAGGAACGCACGUGCAGGGAGAUCAUUCGUCCGGUCACGCGCGCGGUCGCGUACUUGCAUCAGCGCGGGAUCGCGCACAGGGACAUCAAGCCGGAGAACUUGCUCGCGGGGGAGGCGGGCGCCGGGUGCAAGCUGACCGAUUUCGGCUUCGCGGUGGAUUACACGAAGAAUCGAUUGGUCACGCGGCUGGGGACCACCGAUUACAUGGCUCCCGAGAUUGUGUUGUGCGAUAAAGCGCGCAGGGACGAACUCCGCGCGCUCGGCGUGAGCGGGUACGGCCCGGAAGUGGACAUCUGGGCGAUCGGCGUGCUCGCGUACGAGUGCCUCACCGGGAAGGCGCCGUUCGAGGGCGCGUCCACGCGAGAGACGUACGACAACAUUCUGCGCGGGCGCGUGGAGAUCCCGCGGUGGGUGAGCUCGGAGGCGGAGGACUUCAUCUUGGGGUGCCUUCGGAAGGACCCGAAGACGCGGUUUACCGCGAGGCUGGCGCACGAGCACGAGUGGGUGGUGUCGCACUGCGGGGGACCCUGGGGGACGCGAGGCGCGGGCGCGGACCGACCGAGCCCGAGCAGCGGCGGCGACGCCGACGCGGAGUCGGAGACGACGACGGAUCCCGAUCGCGAACGCGACCGCUCCGCCGUCGACGACGCGGGGGAGGCGGCGAAAGCGCCGGACCCGCCGACGCCGAAGGGAACGGCGUGGGAAGGGUCGCCGCGCGUGUUCGGGCGACGACCGCGGGAGGUGGAGGGCGUGGAGGGCGCGUCGAUGAUGACGUUUCCGUCGUCCGCCGGGUACAGAAGCGCGUCGACGCCGCAAGGCCGCGGUCUCUUCGGCGCCGCCGCCGCCCUCGCCCCGGGAGUCGUCGCGACGACGACGACGACGACGAAGACGACGACGACGACGACGGUGACGAAGACGCCGCCGAGAGAGAAGACGAUCGAGGAGACGUCCCCGUCCCCGUCCCCGUCCCCGUCCCCGUCCCCGUCCCCGGCCCCGGCCCCGGAGACGGGAGGAGACGUUCCCCCCGCGAUGGAAGCGGAGACGCGGCGACGGAGUCUCGACGACCCCGCGGCGGCGCGUCGGUCGUCGUCUUUCAACAACGUGAUGCAGGCGGCGCGGCGCGGGAUCGGCCGCGUGCGGGAGUUCAUCUACAGCGGGCAGUCGCAGUCCGAGAGCGGGUUCGCGAGCGGGGUGUCGACGCAGGAGGGGACGGCGGACGAGGAGGGCGACGUCGCGAAGGAGAGCGGAGGGGGCGACGACGGCGCGAAGGACUACUAG